AUUAUUUAUUUAUUUAGCUUAUGAUUACUUGUGGGCCUUUGUAAAAUUCUGUUUGGCUUUUUUGGCAGAAAAGUGUUACGUCAGAUGUUUUCGGGACAGUUCACUCUCACGUCAUUUGUCGCUUUACCAAUUUUUCGGAAAAACUCAAAAAAAUCACUUGUUGUUUAUCACCGCCCCGCGCCCCCGUCCCAUCCUCUCGACUUUGAUUGAUUACGUGCCCCGAGCGAUAAACACAGAUAAGAGGCACAAAUUAAGUACGUUUUGAGUGCUCCUAACCUCACUUUCAAGAAUGUACAAUUAGUUGAAAAUGUCGAAUCGCAAGACAAAUAGUGCCACUUCGCGACUCAAACAGGACUAUUUGAGGCUGAAACGUGACCCCGUGCCCUACAUUACCGCCGAACCUCUACCCUCGAAUAUCCUGGAAUGGCACUAUGUGGUGUGCGGGCCGGAAAAUACGCCAUAUGAAGGGGGCUUCUACCACGGGAAGUUGGUUUUUCCGCGCGAGUUCCCCUUCAAGCCCCCUUCUAUCUAUAUGAUAACGCCUAAUGGGAGAUUUCGGACUAACAAGAAGCUGUGCUUGAGUAUAUCGGACUUUCAUCCAGAUACGUGGAAUCCGGCGUGGAGCGUCUCCACAAUACUCACAGGGCUUCUCAGUUUUAUGCUUGAAAAGAGCCCCACUUUGGGGAGCAUAGAAACGUCAGAGUACGACAAGCGGCAGUUUGCCUACCACUCGCUUGAAUUCAAUCUCAAAGACAAGGAGUUUUGUGAUUUAUUUCCAGACACAGUUACCAAAAUCCAGGACGUGCUGACGCAACGGAGUAACAUGAAUAAUAACGUGGCAGAGAACCAGAAAACCUCUCGGUCAGUAGCAGAACCCAGCAAUUUCCAAUCAUGUAUUACUAAUUUGAUAGUAUUUAUUGGUGUUGCUGCAUUUGCGAUUACGGUAAAAUACGUAGUAAUAACAACGGCGUCUGAAGCUGAAUAGGGUUGAUAAUAGGGUUGAAAAAGUCACAUUUUAAGUUUACUUUUCUUUGGUUUUAGUUUUCGCAAUUGUCAAGAACGGCGCAGGAUAUUUAAUCUUUGUAGGAAAUUUAAGAGACUUUUUUCUAGAGCACACGUUUAGGGUUCUUUGUAGUUUCAGCUGAACUUUUUUACUUAAAACAUUAUCAACAGUUAACGAACCUAAAUCUCUCAAUGUAAAUAACUUAUGUAAUAUAUCAUAAUCCUAGUAUUAUUGUUAUUAAUAUUUGUAUCAUAAUACAUAUUGGUUGUAAUGAUGAAUAUAUUUUUUCCCAUUUU